CAAUUCCCAACAGCUCUCGAAAGAUCAUAAUCCUUACAGAUGAGAGGGGCAAUCAGCCCAACUUAAUUCAUCCAUCAAGUACCUGUGUGAAGAAGCAUCUCCUGAGGCAAACACUCGUAAGCUGGAGGUGUGAGCCGCCAUCAUAUUGAUUCAGUUUAUCGCGAAGACCAUUGUAUCACCAACCAACAUUUCCUGUGUUGAGCUAACACCAUGGAACAGCCAAAUUACAAUGAUACAUAUUAUGAUUAUAUUUAUGGUUACAAUCCAAACUCGACAGUGGAUUACAGCAAUUUUGUUCAUUUGUGUGAGAAUUUUGCUGUUAACUCAUUUGCAGCCAAGUUUACGCCAGUCUGGUACAGCCUAGCUUUCAUUCUUAGCCUGAUUGGGAGUACUCUGGUUCUGUGGAUCCUGGUAAGAUAUGAGAAGCUGAGCUGUGUAACAGACAUCUUAAUUUUGAAUCUCGUCACUUCCGAUUUGCUUUUUGCCUUCUCUCUCCCGUUCUGGGCUGUGGAUCAUACAUCUGGAUGGAUCUUCGGCAACGCCAUGUGCAAAAUAAUGAGUGCAACUUUUUUCAUCGCCUACUACAGUGGGAUCAUGCUGUUGACAUUGAUGACUGUCGACCGAUACUUUGCGGUGGUUCAUCCUCUGACCGCUGUCAGAUUCAGAAAGGUCCGCUACGCUGGGGCAGCUAGCUUAGCUGUUUGGGGAAUUAGUAUCUUCAUUACAAUCCCUGAGAUGAUCUUCUCCCAUACUGUACCUAAUGAGCAUGGAAGCUUCUGUGAAAUUAGCUACCCAUCCAAAAGUGCACAUAUAUGGCCACUGUUAGGAUGUUAUCAGCAAAAUCUUUUAUUCUUCUUAUUCCCCUUGGCUGUUAUUGUGUUCUGUUACUGUAGAAUUCUCAACACUGUCAUUAGAUGUAAAGCGAGGAAGAAAUACAAAACAGUGAAAGUUAUCUUUUGUAUUGUGGUGGUGUUCUUUCUGUGUUGGGCGCCUUACAAUGUAGUCAUCUUCCUGUUCUCUUUGGUCGAACUCCAAGUCCCAAAGUUCUCAACCUGUGAGAUGAAUAACCAUCUGACCUACGCGCUUUACAUUUCCCGGAACCUCGCUUAUUGCCACUGCUGUCUCAACCCCUUCUUUUAUGCUUUUGUGGGUACAAAGUUCAGGAAACAUUUAAUCAGGCUGCUGAGUAAAUGUUUCCCCUGUGUGAAAAUUUGCAAAGAAUACAGCAGCACCAAUACCACCACUAUCAAACACAACAGCUCCCAGAUUUGUUCAGAUAUCGACCUGCCCCUAAAUUUGACCAGGUUUGAAAUGUAGGCCCAAAAAUCUGCAGGCAUAAUUUAAUGGCUUGUUGGGGCAGAGCCUCCACCCGCCUCAUUACGUGGCCAUUAGAUGUAGGAGGGAGCAAGGCUGGGGCCUCUGAAUGUCAGAGUUCAUCAGUCUUGGGCCUUCACUGGAAUCCAGCUGAUGGUUAGUGUAGACAUGAGACAGGGCAUACCACCCCAAUGGUGGCAGGAGCCAGGCUCAACGGGGGUUCCACAUGCCAUGCUUGACAGCCUGGCCCUGCACAGACCCUGAAGAAAAAAAAUCCUGGUAAUUUGCAAAGGAAGGCUUUGAAUUUUCUUCCAAGGAGGUUACUUUACUUGUCUAACUAGGGCAAAACAUCUCAGCUCGGCUCAGCUCAGCUCUGCUCACCAGGCCUCUGCUGGUCCUCCCAGGGCUUCAAAAAUGGUUGGUGUCUGAGAAACAUCCCUAAUGAUAUGGGCAGCCACCAUAUAUAGAGAAAUUAGGGAAGCAUCUCAGAAUGUUCAGCAGGGUUGUCAAAAAAGACUCCUGGCAGCACAAUCCAAGGGUAAGUGUCUAGAUUGCUGGCACCAUGGUUUUAUAGCCCCACUGGUAUUGAAGGAGAGGGCCUGAUAGCACACCCACAUUGUCAGAAUAGAUCAGCCUAACAAUCCCUGUGUCAACAGCAUGGGUCGAUCCGGUAAUACCUUGCUCCCAAAAUACGUCAGUCUGAUACCUCGUCCUCACCAGAAUGGGUCAGUCUGACAAUCCCACCUUCACCAGAAUGGGUCAGCCCAACAUCUUCCCUUACCAAACUUUGACAAUUCCCUUCACCAGAAAUGGGUUGGCCUGAUAUUCCCCAUUACUCGAAUGGGUUGCUCUGACAAUCCCACCCUCAGCAGAAUGUGUCAGUCCGACAACAACCCUCCCCCACCCCUCAUGGCUCAGCUGACAACCCCAUUCUCACAAGGAAACCUAUUCCUAAUAUCUGAGUACAGUCAGAUUAUAAUUUUGUACAUAUUGCGUGAGUUGGUUUUCUAUUUUAUGCUCUUUAAAUCAAAUUAUAUUAGGUUGUACAUGUAAAAUGCAUGGAAUAAAAAAAUUGAAUUUGCUGCACCUCAGCAAAAACAGUACCUGAAAAUAUGGAAAGCUAUAAGGUGUUAAAAUUGUGUUAAAUUUUCUGAGUACCAGCAGCAAGUUACUCAUUCAGUGCCAUUAUAAACUGGACUAACAUUGCACAAGUUUCAGGUACAUGAUGGCACUGCUGAAAUAUCUCACUGCUUCCACUGUCUCAGAAAACUGAAAUGUUAUAUCAAUGUAAAUCAUGUUAUUGAAUGUUAUACUUUUAGAAAUGGAAUGCAAUAAAAUAAUUAUCUGAAAA